AACGAAUUCGAAUACAUAUUUUUGCUUUUGCAGAAAUUAGAAAAGAACAAUUUGGUAAUUCAUUGCGUACAGAAAAUCUAAUCUAGUGCAUAAACGAUACCUAGAACGUUUUCUUUUUCUAACUUUAUAGUUAGAUUAGUUUUACAUGUCACAAAUAGCAAAGAAAAAAAAAUAGUGUCAGCACUAAACGAUCAAUAAUAGACGAUAACCUGAUUUACUAUGAAAACACCGAAAGAAAAAAAUGUCGAAAGAAAAAAACAUCGAUCAUGUAAUAUGUCGAAACUUCUGAGAUGUCGUAAUUGACCAAUAUGGAUUUUAUUUCCUAUUAUAUUGCUGAUAUUUUCUUUCGUAUUUUCUUUUAUAGUUUCGUUGAUUAGUUGAUACUUUUCCACCAAUAAGUCGCUGCAUGUGCGAACAUUCUAGAAUAUCGAACGUACACAGGAUAUAAAGAAAACAAAGAAAUAAAGAAAGAUCGAGGUGUUUUCUUCUGACCAUAUAUAUAUAUCGCUCGCUUUUGGACAUAUUAGUAUAUGUUUCUUCAUUUAUAGAUUCUUCGAUUGUGGAAUGCCCAAUAACACAAGUUUAACAUCGUUUGUUCACUCCAACAAAGGUGGUUCGCAACUGGUUCACGAUGAUUUCGUUUUCAACUUGAAUAAGAAGACAACAACAAAACUUUACUGGAGAUGCACAAUGACAAAUUGUACGGUGUAUAUUCAUACGGAUACCAACAAUAAUUUGCUACACAUAACUGGUGAACAUAAUCAUUUGUUUGAACCGCAGACUUUGAGGGUGAAACAAUUUAGAACAGUUCUAAAGGAACGUGUGGUAAACGAAACAGUUCCAAUACAGAAAAUCUAUGAUGAAGAAAUUGCCAAAGCAAAUCUUUCAGUAGAUGUUCUUGCAUCAAUUCCACUCGCUCACCACAUACAACCAGGAUUGAAUCAGGCACGAAGAAAAUUAACGCCAAUAUUACCUGAAUCAAAUUCAUUCGAUAUUCCUGAGGCAUAUCAAACCACAGCCUCCGGUGAACCUUUCUUGAUUUGCGACAAAUUGGUUUCUCGGAAGAAAAGGAUGUUGAUUUUUGGUAGUCCGAACCAAUUACAAUUGUUAUUCGACAGUUCUAUUAUUUUUCUUGAUGGAACUUUUCGAUCAACACCACCGUUUUUCGACCAGAUUUUUACUAUUCAUGGUUUAAAAUUUGAUUGUGCUUUUCCCUGUAUAUUUGCCUUAUUGCCUGAUCGAAAAAAAUCGACAUAUCAACAAUUAUUUAAAGAAUUAAAUGCUGUUGCUGUGUCUAUGGGUCGAACAUGGAAGCCCGACCAAAUUAUGUCUGAUUUUGAAACCAGCUUGAUACCAGCAAUAUCUACCGAAUUUCCUGAAAGUGUUCACAAAGGGUGUUAUUUCCAUUUCAGUCAGUGCUUAUAUCGACGUAUCCAAUCGCUUGGUUUAGCCACGGCUUAUUCACAUGAUGAGUCAGUUCGGAGCUGUUGUCGUAAAUUGAUGGCAUUACCGCUUUUACCAAUUCAAGAAGUUGAAACUUCUUUUUAUGAUUUACGUGCAACAGCAGAUCCAACAGUGAAGCUACAACUUCGCGAAUUAUUUUUAUAUUUUGAUGAAUAUUGGAUUAACAAUAUACCAAUUAAAAUGUGGAAUAUUCAUGAUAAUCAACAUCGAACUAACAAUAUAUGUGAAGGAUUUCACAAUAGAUUAAACCGACGAAUGGAACAAGCACAUGCAAAUAUAUGGUCAUUCAUCAGGUGCAUUGUUCGUGAAGAAAGCCGAUUUCAACACUUAUACGUCCAAAUCAAUACAGGUUCUAAACGUCGGCCACGUUCAAGUUAUACUAAUGGUAUUCAAAAACGUAUUGAUACUCUUAUGCAACGUUACAACAACAAGCAGAUCGACGUAAAACAAUUGUUGGAUAACUUAUCAUUCCUCGUCACGAAAAGGACAUAA